AUGAUGUUCCCACAGGCACUUAUGGCUCUCGGCGCCCUGCUUGCGUUUGUGCCGGCAACACAAGGAUCGACAAGUCCCUGUGUUUACCAGGGAUACAAGUGUGGCUAUACAAUGGUCACGGAGUUUGGAUACAAUAACACUGAGUUGACCUUUGCCGUGAACAAAACCAAUGUUGUUCCUCCGUUGAACACUAUACAGCUCCUCAAUGUUCUGUACAGAUGUGUGGAUACCAGAGGCGACAUCGCUGCGAACUCUUUCUGUAUCGCUGGCUGCAUCUCCGUUGGCGAUUUUACGGUUAGCGACGAGUGUGCCAUGUAG